GAAUUGUUCAAGGGGUCCAUAAAUGAGACUUAAGUAUCGAUAUUUUUUAUAUAGGGUUUAUCGGCCACCACCAUAUAUUUAUCGCCAUCAAUUUGGUCCAUUCCUAGCAUUUCUUUUCGGCGCGUAGUUUUUCGAAGCCCCGUUUAAUCCUUAAAACUGCUAUGGACUUUGAUAAUGCUAAAGAGAAUAUACAGCCGUUGGCAAGCGGUCGCAACGUAAGCCUGUUGCAGGCUUCACUCAGCCAGGACUCAGGACAGGCUCAGGAACUAUUGGCACAGCGCAAGCAAUGGGAGGAGAAGGUACGCUCUUAUUCCGGGGAGGACCCUCUGGACCCUUGGUACUCGUACAUAUGCUGGAUCGAACAGAGCUAUCCGGCAGGAGGCACUGGUUCUGGCUUACAGGCAGCUCUCUACCAAUGCCUUACCAAGUUCGAGAAGGACGAGCGUUACCGACAGGAUCGGCGUUUCAUUAAGUUGUUUAUCAAGUUUAUGGAAAAAGAAAAGGACCAAAUCCAGUGCUACCAGCAGAUGUACAACGACGGUAUUGGAACCAUGCUGGCUGAUUUUUACAUUGCCUGGGCAUAUAGCUACGAUCUUAGUGGAAACAUGCGCAAAGCCGACGAGAUUUUCCGCCUCGGAAUGGACUGUCGAGCCGAACCGUUAGAAGAUUUGCGUGAGGCCCACCAACAUUUCGGCUUCACGGUGUCCCAACGUAUGUUCUAUACCGACGGCGAGGAGGUCAGCGCAGUCACACAGGAGUUGAAUGAGCGACGGCUUGCACUGCAAUCGUUGCAUGGCCGCCGAAAAAGAAGCACCAGCACCGUUACUGUAGGCAGUGUUCGCACUGGUGCUGCCGUAAAAAGCGGAAUGCCGGGUGUGGUGCAGGUUGACGCUCCGAGUACAAGCCGCAUGCGCAAUGCUAGCCGCAAUGUGGAGGUUUAUAACGACGAGAAUGUUGAUGUCAAUGUGCUGCCGACCGUUGCCGAAGUUGAAACUAAGUCGACCCUGCGUUCCAUAAUUGAUGCGGCCCGCGGACAAGAGAAUGUUAAAGAAACGGUGGCGUGGAACAUGGCGCAUUCCAAUUCACACAAGAGCGGUAAGAUGUUUGCAGGAAACGUCUCGCCAGAUUUGGGUUUUGACAUACACAUAGAUGAACCAUCGCUGCCACCGAUUACAAACUACGAACGUCGCCUGGAGAAACCCUUCAGAUUUACCCCGAACUUCGUGGCCAAAAGCAUUCCGCAGGAAGCUUGGGUGACGCCAGUCACCAUCGAGGACGAGCCAAACUCAACCGGAGUGCCCUCCUACCACAAGUGUCUCCUGUACCCACGACCCAACUUGGAGUUUUCCCCCGAAGAGUACCGCGCUUACAUGCAUUUAAGCCGGCACGAUCCCAAGCACGCCUUUGUUUUAAGACAAAAUGAGUACUGGGGCACAGGCGCACUUACGGGCGUCCGUUGCUACCCAAACUUCGCCAAAAUUUCUAAGCCGCAACCUCGCGACGAAUUGGAUCAGUACUGGAAGCCACCACCGGUUUCGGGUUUGCAGACCGUGUUUGAAAAGUUAUAUGACGACGAGGAGAAAAUGGAGUAUCAGCCGGAGGAACUCCUGGCAAAAAAAUGGCAGCAAAAACGGAACAACACUAUGCACGGCGAGGUUGACAUGGAGGAGACAGUAUGCCUCUCUGGAAAUAAAAUUCCCCGACGUAAAAGUUUUUUCCCCACUUCUCUUAAAAAGUCUAUUGCACAGCGUAAUAUGUCUGACGUAAUGGAAGAAAUAACGCAGGAUUGUGCUGACCCCGCCGCAGAAACAAGUCAUGCUCCGCCACCGGUGGUGGUUUCCCCUGCAGUUGCCAAACCGACAUCUCAAAAAUCUGCCGCACCGCCGGCGGAAAACUUUGCUGUGCCAGCACCGCCUACCAAUAAAAUAGAGAUUUACGAGGACUCAGAGGAGCAAAAACCAAACACAAAACCAGCUCCUUCGGGUCCCUUUUUUGAAGCGGAUGAAACAUGCUCCACUCAAAUGUUCAAUAUGUUCCUAAAGAAUCAGGCAGUAAGCACUCCCAAGUGUUCUCAAAAACAGGCGCCGGUAAGACAGUUUGGCACCGUGCUGAAAGAAUUAUCGACGGUUGAUGAUGGAGCACUGGCUGCCUCCGCGGAGUCUCCUUUGGAGCCUCAGUCCCCCAAGUUGCGUAAAGAGCUUUCCACUAUUUUAGAGACUUCCGAACACGGUACCCAGAGCUCUGCAACCUCCAAUGCAACCACCAAGUCGACCAUAACUUCAACUUCAUCUUCGCCUGGUUCACACGGGGCAGUGACUUUAGUCACUAAAAGUGCGGAAUAUACACCAGGUCCUAUUCGUCUUCAGAAGCCCGCUGUUCCGGAAUUCUCUACGGCCAAGGAGCAAGACCUUCCUGGAGAAAACUUUUCACGACGCGAGCUGUGGGAGCCGAAUGCACCUAGCGUACCGAUGCUAAAAUCAUUGCGUUUUCAGGAGGACAAGACGGAGACUAUUCCCAGACCGCUUUCUUGCUUUCAAGAGGAUAAAACAGAAACGCUACCCCGCCUUCCAUCUGCACUGCCGGAGAUUUCUCUUCACCAAUCACUGGCUCCUUCACCCCAACUUCCAUCACUAGACAAUGAGAGCGAUCUUUGUGGAUUUUUCGGAAAAACUCCGCCCAAGAUGCAUCCGUUUGGUUCUCCAUUGUCACAAGUCUCGACCAAGCGCACAUGCGACCAGGCUACGCCGGACAUUUUUAGCAAAUCCAUUAGAAACAAAAAGGAUCAAAGUGCCAAAAUCACAGAUGACUUGUCGUUUGUUCCUGAAACACAACCGAUGUCACUACCCACGCCAAAUGUGGGAGUCAUGCAGAAGCAGUUUGAGAUUUUUCUCGAUGAGACUCAGCCAGAGCUACCAACUCCAAAAGACCUUAGCCUUCCCUUAAACUGCACUCUACCGGAAACGCAAGUGUCCGUGCGAAAGUCGCCGCGCUUGGAGUUAUCUCUGCGAAAGGAAACCGACGCCAUCGGCCCUUCCCACAUCACCUCGUCGUUUAUAAAGGAUUGCAUUGAACUAAGUACCUGCCCGCCUCCUCCAGUGUCUACUACCACAUUCAACAGUAAGUGCUCAAAGUUUAGCGAUCAGUCCAUGUCAGGAUCUCGAGAAGAAUCAACAGGAAAGCGUGAUUCAGACAGUGGAAAGAUCGACAAUUUUUUCGAGCUGAACGCAGCUACUGAGAUGUUUGCUACGAACAUUAGCAUGAUUAAGAAUUCUACGCUUCUACCACCGCCACCGCCUGCCGAAGCAACGAAGGCACUGCCAUCGCCUAAAGAUGAAAUGAGCAUAUAUUACAAGACACCUCCGUUAACUCCCAAGCAGUCUCACCAUUCCUGGCCGCGGCCCAAAUUGGAGACACAUCAGGAUGACAAUUACAUCCACCCCAAAGGCACUAUGGACGCGACCAUGCUGAACGAAACUAUAUCCGAUACUAACGUAAACCCUUUUAAUGUGGACCUCAUUGCCUCGUUUCUUAAGUCCGUUGACUUCUACAUGUACAUCGAAGAGCUUCCACACUGUCAGUUGGUGGGUCACGUUAAAAGGUUGCAACCCAACACACAGAUUGAGAUACAUGAUGAGCGGUUCGAAGUUUCAAAGAUGAUUGGCAAGGGCGCUUACGGGUCCGUCUAUGUAGGUCGCCACACUAACUCCGGCAAGAAGGUGGCCCUUAAACAGGAGCGGCCUCCUAGUUAUUGGGAGUUCUACAUCAGCCUUGAGGUGCACAGUCGUUUAACCAGUGAGCAAAUGAUGUCUGCAUAUGCACAUAUUGAUUACGCUUUAGUCGGCAACAAUUCGAGUGUGUACGUUUCAGACUAUGCGGAGUAUGGAUCUCUAAUUGGUGUGUGCAACAAGGUCAAGAAUGCCACCAACAAAAAUCUUGAUGAAUAUGUGGUGAUGCACAUGAGCUGUCAGCUGCUCGACAUUAUCGACCAUCUGCACGCCAUAGACAUUAUUCACGCAGACAUAAAGCCGGAUAACUUCCUGCUGAUGAGGCCAUUGGGUUCGAAUCCCAAUGAGGUCAGCCUGCAGCUGAUUGACUUCGGCGUGGCCAUCGACACCAGGCUCUUCCACGCCAAUCAGACAUUCAAUUAUGUGCAUCAUGAUGAGAUGUUUAAGUGUAUUGAGAUGCGUACGCAGCGCCCGUGGACUUAUCAGCUUGAUUUAUUCGGCUUGGUGGGCGUUAUGCAUGUGCUGCUCUUGGGCCGGUACAUGGAGGUGGUGCAACGAAAUACAAAUGGUGUUUGGAUGCCGAAGACCGCCCUGCCACGCUACGUCCAGCGUCAGUUAUGGGAAACAAUAUUUCGAACCCUACUCAACGUUCGUGACUGCCGCACGAUGCCUAAUUUGCAGGAAUUGAAGGCGCUUCUAAAAUCUGAAUUACUUGAGAAGGAGAAGUAUGUGAAGGAGGCAAUAACGUUAUUUAAUAAAAUUGUAAAUACCUAGAUACGUUACAUAAAUUUAUUGAAAAAAAAUAUAAAAUUUUAUAAUAUUUAACGAUAGGCACAAUAAAAAUAUGUUUUUAAUUAAA